UCAUAUUCUCCCACUAGCUCUGUUUUCUCCAGCACACUGGAAGACCGACACUGAGCCGUCAUCUCCCUCCUCCGUCUCCUUCUCAUUUCCUCUCCCUCUCUCUUCUCGCUUCUUGUUUGUUGGGGGGGGGGCCCUGCUCCUGCUCCUGCUCUCGCGUCGAUUGGCGGGCAGUUACACAUGUUACUAUUUUGAGAGCGUCCGUGUGCUCGGCGCGUCGUAGCGCACGACCGAGCGAGGACGGGGGGAGGCAGAGACGGACUGAGCGAGGGUCCGGCUCGCUCUCCUGCACACCGGGCGCCGCACGCCAGAGGAUGAGGGAGCGCGGGGGCGCUCGGACCCGCGGCUGACGCCAGGUGGAAGCCGAGGAGGACGGACGCCCGGUCAGGAGGCGUGCGUGCGAAAGGCGCUUUGCAGGACAGAAGUGGACACGUCUUUUGACGGCUCAAAGGGGGACAGACAGACAGACAGACAGACAGACAGACCAGUGCAGGAAGGUGGCGGCCGACGCGUAGCGAUGGCGAGUUUUGGGAAACUCACAGACUACUUUAAUCGGCGUAAGUCUCGAGAGGAGCUGCGUGUGGGCAGGAGUUCGCGGCGCAGCGGCAGCUACUGCUGCACCGUGGCAGAGGCCAGGUCACUGGAGAGGAAGCUGCAGAGACCGCUUCUGGCCAAGUCCCGCACGCUACCCAGCAUCCCCCAGUCGCCCACCGUGUCCAGGGUCCACUCCUCCGACCUCAUCGGCGGGAGUCCGCCCCGCAGGAAGAACCCCAACGCUGCCGCCAGCCCACCAAAGGCCUGCACUCUGCCCCCUGCAGCAGAGCUGUGGCGUUUGGAGGAUGACAUGGAGGGCGAGGACGAGUCUGAGCGCGGCGGCGGCGGCGGCGGCGGCGGGUGCACCGAGGCGCGUCCCCGCUCCCAGUCGCCCUUCUUCCAGGUGCGCGCCAAACCCGCCUACCUGCGUAAGAGCGUCUCGGCGGACGACCACCUGGACAUGGGCUCGGACUGCGGCUCCGGGGGCGCGGCGGAGGCCAAGUCGGGCCGCGGCAGCAAAGGCAAGCUGAAGAGGAAGUUUAGUCUGGGCUCUGCGGACCGAAAGGAGAACCAGCAUAAGAAGACGGAGUCGGGAAUCUCCAAAUUCACCCAUCGACUGUCUCUCAAGGAGCGUCCAGCCAAAGCAGAGAAGACCUCCUCGGGCAGACCUCCCUCCUACAGGAGACGAUCUCUUAGUGUGGACUGGGCUGAUUCUGCCAAGAUGACGCAGCCCAUGAGGGGGGACCAGGCCCACCAGCCGGCCCCGGCCCGCAAGUCAGCCAGCCUGUCCUCGCCGAGCGCGGCGCGGCGCCUCUACCGCAACUUGUCUGGAAAGUUCCGCGUGGGCACGAACCCCCCUUCGCUGGAGGACAGCGUGGUGUCAGGACGGGGCGGGGACAAAGAGCGGCUGCGCAAAACCACCAUAUUUCAGAGCAAUGAAGCCUUGUUUGAGGCCGUGGAGCACCAAGAGUUGGACCUGGUCCAGUUGCUCCUGUCCCAGUACAGCCUGGAGGAGCUGGACCUGAACACCCCCAACAGCGAAGGCCUCCUGCCCCUCGACAUCGCCAUCAUGACCAACAACGCGCCCAUGGCCAAGCUGCUCCUGCGCGCUGGUGCCAAGGAGAGCCCCCACUUUGUGAGCCUGGAGGGCCGAGCGGUGCAUCUGUCCACCCUGGUGCAGGAGGCCGAGCAGCGGGUGUCGGAGCUGCAGGCUCAGGUGCGCAGCGAGGGCCCGGGCGAGCGGGAGGCGUCCGACCAGGAGCGGCAGCUGAAGGCCUGGGAGUGGAGGCUGCGGCUGCUGCGGCGCAUGCAGUCGGGCUUCGAGCACGCUAACCCUCCAGACGCUCCCAGCGCUGUGCGCCUGUCUGUCAGCAGCAGCACCAGUCUGAGGGUGGACUUCCAGGAACCGCUGUGCGUCAACUCAGCGGUGGUCACCAAGUACAAAGUGAGCUGGAGCUGUUCUCCAUCCUUCAUCCCUCUGGCUGGUGAGGCGCUGGUGGAGGACGCCGCUCUGCUGCAGUGCACCAUCACCGGGCUCACCUCUGGAGCCUAUUACUAUAUCCAGGUGUCGGCCUACAACAUGAAGGGAUGGGGGCCUCCACUAGUUUCCACCCCAGCCUGUGCUGCACCGUCCAGUUGGAGAGACAUCGAUGGCCGCGCUCCACGUCAGAGUGGCCACCAGAAGGAGGCCCUGGACCAGCUCCUUGGACAGAUCAAAGAGGCUCACCGCAACUGUGUCUGCCAUGAACAGUGCAAAGCUCCACCACAGGGCAGGAAGCACUCAGUCUCCAAAAGCCUGCGCCACCUCUUCCAGCCCACCAGCAAAUUUGUGAAAAGCUUGAAAAGAGGCCUCUAUCUCACGUCCAUAUUCUACAGAGACGACAACGUGUUGGUGACGCCGGAGGACCAGAUCCCCAUUGUGGAGGUUGAAGAUUCCUACUCCAGCUCUCUCAUGCAAGACUUCCUGUGGUUCACGAAGGUGUCCUAUCUGUGGGAGGAGAUUCCCUGGCUGCAGCAGUGUCUCAGUCUGUCCCAGACGUCCUGUUCCUGUACUCUGCAGACGCGCCUUAAGAUGCUGCAGGCCGUCUCCCAUCUACAGGGAACGCUGGGCACCCAGGACCUCGGUCAGGUGUACUUUGAGCCAAUCAAAGACAAGCACGGCAACGCCCUGCUGGUGCUGCUCAAGGACAUGAGCGCCUGUUCCAACCUCGACGGCGUGCGCUGGACGCAGCUUUGCAAACUCCAGCUCCAGCGCAAGUCCAUCUCGUCCCCAGAAGAACCCACCGCCCUGGACAUUCUCCUCAUCACGCUUCAUGAGAAGCUGGCGUAUCACAGGAGGAGCAGGAAGCUGUUGUCUCCAGGUUUAUACCUGGGCUAUUUGAAACUCUGCACAUCCGUGGAACAGAUUAGAGCGCUGGUGCCCCAGAAACUCCCCAAUGUCCUGUGUCACACCAAGGUCCGCGACAACAGCAACGUGUCCAGAGAGGAGUGGCAGUGGCUGCAGGCCCUCAGCUCUCUGGACGAGUCGCUGGAAAUGGACCAUGACGUGCAGAGCGCUCCACACCGCCUCCUACAGGACCUGCGGAGCGCCAUAAAGGACCUGGUGGCCCACAUCAACGUCCCUGGCAAUCAGGUCCGAGCCCAGGACUUCCGCAUCUACAGCCAGGAAGUGUUGGAGUUUGGGGAGAAAGUGUCCUUCUUGCUCCUCCUGCCGCCGUCAGACGAGGUGUGCACAGCCCCCGGUCAGAACAAUCCGUACUCCCCUCGCUCCGGCUUCCUCACUCUGCCCCUGCAGAUCUUUGAGUUGGUCCACUUUAACACCUACUGCCCCAGUUUCAUUGGCCAGUACUGCAGGGUUUCUGCUCUUCUGGAGCUGGAGUCCCUCAUGUCCCAGCAGGCACUGAGGGAGGCCUUCUCUGAGGACGAGCUCCUUGCUGCCAAGAAGAAGCACCAGCAAGUCCAAGACCACAUGCAGCAAAUGGAGGAGGUGUGGCGAGACGCCCGGUGGAUCAUGGACGCGCUGCAGUACGCGCGCUACAAGCAGCCGACAGGCGGCGUCUCCAUAAGCUGGAUCAUCGAUUUCUCCAAGGAAGUGAUGCCCGACAAGCCUCCCUCCACCUCCUCCCAGCCGGACUUCAUGCCGUCGCCGAUGCCUUCACCGGAACCUUGCCGGAAGCACUCGGAUUUUGCUGGACUGUCAGACGAGGAGGGUUCCUCUGAGGUCUUCCUCACCACUGACAGCGACUAUGACUCCAGCCGGGCCCAGAGUCCACGCGAGCUGGACCUGCUGCCCCCCUCGCCCCUCUCAUCCACCGCGCCCCCGGAGCCUCGCGGCUUCCUGCGCAGCGACGGCAGCGGCUCGGGGGGAGUCAUGUGUCUCGGCGGGGGCGGGCGAGCGGGGGGGGUGCUGCGGGGCUCCACGCCGGACGUCCUCCAGGCCUCGGAGCCUCAACAGGGCCGCGACGGCGCCAGGUGCGGCGUCCGGUGCGGCGGCGACCGGCGCCGGGGGGGCCCCGAGCUCUUCGACAGCGACUUCAUCCUGCCCAGCAGGCAGAUCGAGCUGCUGCACAUCACGGAGAAGAGACAGGCGUUCUGCGUGCGCACCAGCAGCCUGGAGUUCCCCUCGGCCCACCAGCAGCCGUCCUCCCACCACACCGCCUGCCCGUCGGCGUCCGGCUCGCCGCAGCGGCGCUGGCACCGGCCCUCCUCCGUGGACCGGUGCUGCUCCGCCGAGCGCUGCCUCUCCCAGCUCCCGCCGGCCCGGACGCUGUCGCAGGACAGCGGCACCCAGAGGCUGUCCUCAGCGUCACCCGCUGCUCUCAGGAAAGGCUGCCACGCCACACUCAGAGUGUACCCGCAGUACCGCACGGGCCUGCCCAAGGACACCAGUGUAAAGCUGUGUGUAACUCCUGGAACAUCGGCGCGGGAGAUGGUCCAGCUGGUGGUGCAGGAAAUGAACAGUGUGUCUCGCCGCAUGCUGGGCGGCGGCGAACAAGGACAGUGUGUGUACUACAGUCCCGAGCAGCUGAAACACUUCGGCCUCGUCCUCAUUCUAGACAACAGGGAAAAGUGGCUGCAGGACGACUUCUGUCCCCUGGAGCUCCAGAACCCGUGGCUGCGAGGCAAACUGUGCGUGCGCAUUAAAGAGUACUCGCCGCUCGCACUGAAACACAGCCGUGCCACCACAGUGUGAUGCCCUGGGGGGGGGGGGGGGUCCGUGCCAUGUGGAGGUCCCAUUUCUACGACCUCUUGAACCCUCGCUGUGGUGUCGCCAUCCGCAACUGCUGCGAUGCUGUGCUCUUAUUAUCCGAACAGCAACUCCGAGAAUCUGUUUCCAUGAAAUGUGUUCUCCCAUACGUGAGACCUUUUUUAUUAACAUCAGAGACGUGACUCAUAUGGACACCAAAUGAACAGUAACCAAAUGGAACAAAGACAAAAGAGUUUUUUUGUGCUGUCACGAUUCAUCGAGGAAAAGCUUGUGAUGUGGAGCCAAUAGCGGAGCGUCGGUGUGACCUCCGGCGUGAUUGACGCUGGUGCAUCGGGACGCGUUUAGUGCCAAAUGGACACGGGCGGCGCCUCCGCAGCCACGCGCCGACGCGGCUUUUCCAAUGAACUCCCUCAUUGUGUCAUUCCCAAAGAGCUGUCGGCCGCAGCCGCCCGGCCCCACGUUCCCGGGAUGCGGCCUCUGGACCGGGCCCAGCGAGCAGGAAGUACAGGGGGGGGGGUCUCCGCUCGGGGACGCAAUCAGGCCGACAGUUUGGCCCGUCGGCCCGUCACUCAAAUGCUCUUGGCCGCUGUACUGUCUGGUGGCGAAGCAGCCAAGCAAGGGAGCGAAGAUGGGGAGGAGGGUGGAGGCUCUGACUCCCGUGCUCAUUCUCUCAGCAGCACAUUCUCUGUACAGUAGACGCCGUUGUAGUGUAGCUAACUAACAUGGUCAUUACAACUUGUGACGUGACACAAAAUAAAAACCAGCUGAUUCA